AUGCUACUUCAAACUGCAAGUAGUAGUCCAUUGUCACGUCAUCCGCGACAAUAUUCUACGAGCAGUUCUCGACCUGUCUAUUACGGCUACUUCGUAGAUAAUAGGAACGUAUAUUUCAAUGGCCAAAAAGUAAAUGAUGCUACUGCUAGCUCUUUUAAGGAUCUAGGUGAUGGUUACGGUAAGGACAGCUGGAGUGUGUACUAUUUAGGUAAGAAAAUCGAUAGCGCAACAGCUUCAUCGUUUAGCACACUAUCACCAUACGCUGGUUACGCGAAGGAUUCGUGGAAUGUAUAUUAUUUGAGUACUAAGUUGAAUGGUGCUUCUUCUUCGUCAUUCAAAUCAUUAGGUUAUGGAUAUGGAAAAGACAGCUGGGAUGUUUACUAUCUGGGUAUUAAAAUGCAUGGAGCAUCGGCAUCAUCUUUUCAAUUACUUCUCCCCUUUGAUGGUUACUCGAAAGAUUCAUGGAACGUAUAUUAUUUGAAUACACAAGUUCCAGGUGCUUCGUCAACCUCAUUUCAAUCAUUGGGCAAUGGUUAUGGCAAGGAUAGUUGGUCAACGUAUUAUUUUGGAAAGAAACUGUAA